AUGGUGGAUAACUCGCUAUCGUCAACGACUCUAUGGCAGAAUCGAAAAUGCCUCUUCCUCUGCUGUCUUGUGUCCAUGGCGAAUAUGCAAUAUGGAUUUGACCUUGCGGCGGUGGGGUCUUUGCAGGCUAUGCCUGGAUUCCUGAAGGUAUUCGGGUACCCAUCACCACGUAGUGAGUCCGGAUAUGCGAUCGAUAGCACCGUUCAGCAACUGAUAACAUCCCUUCUAACCUUGGGCUCAUUCGUCUCAUCCCUUGUGGCCGGAUUCUUCAGCUCAUAUCUCGGUCGACGCCACGCACUCUGGCUCGCCUGCAUCUUCAACGCCAUCGCCUGUGGUAUCCAGAUCGGAACCUCCUCGGCGGGCCUCUUGUACCUAGGCCGGCUUCUGCUGGGGUUCGCAAAUGGGUUCCUCGUCACAUUUUCCAACAUUUACACCGCGGAGGUGGCGCCGGCACACAUGCGUGGUGUCAUGGUUGCACUGUUCGCCUAUUGGGUGAAUAUCGGAAGCAUCAUGGGCGCAGCCGUCGACAAUAAGACGAAGGAUCGCUUCGAUAAGCUCUCAUAUCGCAUCCCACUCGCUUGUCUUUAUAUUGUCCCUACUCUUCUAUUUAUCGCCUUGUUCUUUGUGCCCGAGAGCCCGCGCUGGCUGUUGCACCGGGGAAAGGAAGAAGCUGCGAGGAAGGCACUAGAGCAGCUUCGUGGAUCAAGCUAUGCAAAGCUUCUUUCUUCAGUCAACCCCAAUUCCGGGGAGGAAGAAAACGACAGUGAAGCCAGUACAACUGUGAUCCCGACGCUACUCGAGGUCGAAUGGGCUGAGAUGGUCAAGGGCGUACAAGAGGAAAAGCGCGAGCAAGGAAACGUGGCUGCGCUAGAUAUGUUUCGGGGUGAGCUUGUCGCAUCUCAAAUCUUUCCCACGCCUUUCUGA